AUGAACGAUGCGACGACCUCUUUGCUCACUGAGCACUUCAGCUACACCCCUCUGUCUCUCAUAGAUGAUAUUAUCAAUUCGAUCAACAAUCUGAUAUAUCAGGCUAUCUCCGGCCUGGAGACUAGUUUAAUUGCUACCCCACCCGAACGGUUGGGCUUUGCGCACGCCAACAACGGCUCUACUAUCCCCGAAACUGACGAAGAUGGCAAUGUUCUUUACCCAGAAGCAAAGCUCGAGUUGGAGAAUGGUUUGCACCAGUUGGAGACACUCCUGGAAGCCAAUGUCGACAAGGCAUUUGACAAGUUUGAGAUAUACGUCCUGAGGAACAUUCUCACUGUACCCGAAGACCUCCUCCCGUGGGUUAGACUCAAGCAUUACCAGGGUCUCUCAUUCACCCCCUCGCCGAAUUCGCCCACUCCCAAUACUAUCAUCGCGCAGCGCGAGAAGCUGUUCGAAACACGCAAACUCAACCGAUCGCUUAAAGAUGAAUGCACCAGAAACAACGCAGUGAUUUCUCAACUCAAGUCCAUACUGUCAACCGUGGAGACCGCCAAACCCGAGGGUGCAGAGAGCAAGGCCGCAAAAUCGCUAGAUCUCUCCUUCUUGACAUCUAGCCCGGCUGCGCGUCAGCUUCGCGUUGGCGUGGAUGCUGGUGCCAACGUCCGACACACCCCUCUGACGACGAACACGGCUUUCAUUCUCUCGCAACUUCCUGCGCUACAGGCGACGCUUCAGAACCUGCGACCCAAGCUGGCUAGUCUGCCGGGCUCUGGAAAGGCAAUGGAGGCCAAAUCCAAGCGCGAUGAACGGAAAGCCUAUAUCGAGAGUCGUAUCAAACUUCAUCUUGAACGGGCUGGACAGCUGGCGAUGGGUGACGAUGGAAUCUCAGUUGUGGCAGGUCGCCGUAUCGACAUCUCCGAGGCACAGGCGCUGGAGAAUGUGGCAAAUAUGCUUACGCAGGAGCCCAAGCUCUCCUAA